UCAUUAUUACCUGCACAGUCCCACUGCUACACAUGCAUUGGGUGAGUGGGAGAGAGUCUGUGUAGGGCCACAGCCCAUCCAAGAGAGCAGAGAUACAGAGAGAUUGAGAGAGAGAUCCUGAGAGAGAAUACAUUGCUUUCCAUUGCUGAUACCUUUUUUCUUUUUUUCUUUAGUGGAUAGGACAGUGUGUAUUCCCACUGAUUUCUGCAUUAAAUGCAGAGCAACUAGCAGUGGAUAUGGCUGGUUGUCUGCAAAAAUCUCAAUCAAGGGCACUUUUGAGAUGCCUUCUUCUUGUAUUUGUGGCCUCUUUCUUUGCAUCGGUCAGAGCUGAGCCCUAUGACCCAGCUUUCCUCCAUCGCCAAAGAGCCGGACUUAAUAAAGACGAUAUUAUCGUUGCCAACAAUGGAAUCCGAGUUCCCUUGGGGAGGUCCGUUUUUUUGGACCCCAUCAAUGACCUGGUAACAGACGUGCAGCCAGGGGACCGCUGUCAAAUCACUGUGUUGGACAACGACCCACUGGCCCAGACGCCCGGGACCCUGUCCCCUAAGAGGUUCCCAUGUGAGUUUGGGACAGACGAAGUGAAGUACAUCCAUUUCGGUGCUCGGAGCCCCAGCACGGACCGGGUGAAGCUUCAGCUGCGUUACGACUCCCAGACGGAAACAGUGAUCAUCCCCUUCAUGCUGGAGGUGGAGGUGGUGUUCAGGCAGCUGGAGAUCCUAACCAGGAAUAUGCCUCUGUCUGUGGACAAGCUCAACGGAAACAGCAACCCCAUUGACAAAAAGGGUCUGGAGUUCUCUUUUGAGGAUGGUGUGACACAGUGUAAGAUGGCAACUCUGGUCGGCGCCGGAGGUCUUCCAAGGUAUGGCAUGCUUUUGAAUAACUCCACCAACGGCCAGAUGAUUGACUGUGAUGAGUUUGUUAAGCAAGGCAUCCGCUAUAAGCACACCGCAAACACUAAGUCGCCUAACAGAGACUAUAUUCCCAUGAUGAUAGAACUGCAGGACAUUGAUGGCAAAACCCUCAUGCAAGAGCAUUUCCAGAUGAUGGUAAGAAUAAGAGAGGGUGCGGAGAACACGGCUCCUAAACCAAGCUUUGUAGCCAUGAUGAUGAUGGAGAUCGAUCAGUUUGUGAUGACGGCUAUCACCAGUGAUAUGCUGGCAGCUGAGGACACUGAGUCAGACCCGGAUGAUUUAAUAUUCAACAUCACUUCCCCGCUCAGCUAUGAGCAGGGCUACAUCAUUAGCACAGACGACCAGAACCUGCCUAUCACAUCCUUCUACCAAAGAGACAUUAAAGAUCUCAAAAUAGCCUACAAGCCCCCCUCGGAAGACUCAGAGGUAGAGAGGAUUUUCCAGCUUGAGUUUGAAAUUGUAGACACGGAUGGGGCUGUGUCUGAUACUUUUGCCUUCAUGAUUGUGGUGAAGCCUAUGAAUACAUUAGCUCCAGUGGCAACCAAGAACACAGGGCAGUUGCUGUUUGAGGGGCAGUCACGAGCCCUGUCAAGCUCCCAGAAUUUGGAGAUCAGCGAUGAGGAUAACCUAGAAGACGUGAGAAUCACCGUUAUUGAUGGACUAAAGCAUGGUCAACUGACUGUACUUGGCUCACGUAGAAAAUUCUUCACGCCUGCCGAUUUAGACGCAGGCAUUGUGGUGUACCAGCACGACGGCAGUGACACCUACAGCGAUAAUAUUAUUUUUAGAAUGAGUGACGGUAGUAACGACGUGGAGUUUUUGUUUCCGAUCACUAUCGCCCCCACGGACGAUGAACCCCCGAUUAUCAAUGCCAACACAGGCCUGGUUCUGUUUGAGAAUGAAGUCAUGCAGAUUUCUCCAUUCAUCCUGAGUGCCACAGAUAUUGAUUCAGAAGAUUCCACCAUUAAAUUUAUUGUAGAAGCUCCUUAUUCAAGCCUAGGGCAGCUACUCCUCAGACAAGUGGAGCCUCCCACUGACCCCUCUCUUUGGCUGUUCAGUGAGACGGAUGAGAUGUUUGAACAGGUGGUGACCGAGUUGUUUCAGCAAGAUAUUCUUGACGGAAAGCUCUUCUACCGUCACAUCGGACCCCAUAGCACCACCACCGUGAUCGACCACUUGGUAUUCCGUGUGCAAGACGAUAAUGACCCUCCUAACCAAUCUGGAGAGCACACAUUCACCAUUAAAAUCCACCCUGUGGACGACCUAGCACCUGAGCUAAGUGCUGGGGCCACGCUUCACAUGACAGUCCAAGAGUAUGAGUUGACACACUUGAGAAGUGCGUUUUUGGCUUACAUUGAUCUGGAUUCAGAUGACAGGGACAUUAAGUACACCAUCACUAAGCCCCCCACUGACACCGAUGACAACAACCCUGCUCAACUGGGGCAGAUCGUUCUAACCGACAGCCCUGACACAGUGAUCACAGAGUUCACACAGGCACAGGUCAACCACCACAAAGUGGCUUACAAACCCCCAGACCAGGAACUUGGAAUCACCCCUAAAGUGGUUCAGUUUACAUUCAAUGUGGAGGACACCACCGGUAACACCGCAGAUGGCGUCUUCACUAUUUUCCUACAGCCCGUUGACAACAAACCCCCGGUGAUAACUAACACUGGAUUCACUGUUUUGGAGAGAGGUAUGCAUAUUAUCAGCAGAAAAGAGCUCCACGCCACUGAUAAGGAUACCGAAGAUGAAAAUAUUAUAUUCACGGUGACCCAGGUUCCCCGUCAUGGUAUCCUGCAGUACUUAGGCAUUGACAUGUCAAAUGGAGAGACAUUUGUGCUUGAGGACAUAGCCAACUCCCACCUGUCUUACAUACAUAGUGGAAAGGAAUCCCUGACUGAUGUCAUCAAGCUGGAUGUCAGCGAUGGUUUCCACGAGGUUCCCAUCAUCAUCAAGAUUAGCAUUGAGCCUGUGGAUGAUGAGAGCCCCACCCUCACCCUCCCCGAUGGGCUGCUUGGCGCUUCCAUAGAUGUCCUAGAGAAUGGAGCGACAGAAAUCACAAAUAACGUCAUUCAGGGCCACGACGAAGAUACAGACGACCUUAUGUUGACCUUUAUAGUGGAGGAGCCGCCCAGGAUGGGUGAGAUCCUGGUCAACGGAGUCCCAGCUGAAAGAUUCACCCAGCAGGAUAUUAUAAACGGUGUGGUGGUGUACGCCCACACAUCGGGGGAAAUUGGGCCAGUGAGAGAGGAAGACUCGUUCAACCUGACUCUGUCCGACAUGUCGGAACAGUGGGUGAUCGGGGGGAACAAGAUCCAAGGGCUGAGGGUUUACGUCACCAUUCUUCCGGUGGACAGCGUUCCACCGGUUGUCACUGUUGGAGAUCAGUUUGUGGUUGUUGAGGGGGAGAAGAAUGUUAUUACUCUGGAGCACAUCCAGACGGAGGACAUUGACACAGAAAACGAAGAUAUCCUCUGCACCAUCAUUGUCCAGCCCACCUCUGGCUAUGUGGAGAACGUUUCUCCAGCCCCAGGCUCAGAGAAGUCCAGGGCCGGCACAGCCAUCACUGCAUUCAGUGUCAAGGACAUUGGCCUCGGCCAUAUCUAUUAUGUUCAGAGCAUCCACAAAGGAGUGGAACCGGUGGAGGACAGGUUCACCUUCCGUUGCUCAGAUGGUAUCAAUUUCUCAGAGCGCCACUUUUUCCCUAUCGUCAUCAUCCCAGCUAAUGAUGAAAAGCCUGAGAUUUUCGUCCGUGAGUUUGUAGUCAUGGAGGGUAUGAGUCUGGUCAUCGAUACGCCAAUCCUGAAUGGUGCUGACUCAGACAUCCCUGGGGAUGAGCUGGAAUUUGAGAUCAUCAAAAACCCAAAGUAUGGCGUAAUAGUUCAGCAACUCAGCACUGGAUCCGUCCCGGUGACCAAGUUCAACUUGGAACAGAUCAAAGAGGGCUCCAACAUUGUGUACGAACACAAUGACUCAGAGACCACAGAGGACAGCUUUGAAAUAAGGCUCUCGGAUGGGAAAAAUACUGUGACGAAGAAAGUGAUCAUCAUGGUCAUUUCCGUUGAUGAUGAGACGCCCAGGAUGGCCAUAAAUGAUGGACUUGAAGUGGAAAUUGGAGAGACGAAAAUAAUCAGCAAUAAGGUGUUAAAGGCCACAGACCUUGACUCAGAGGACAAAACACUAACAUAUGUCAUGCGCUAUGGCCCGACUCAAGGAUAUCUUCAACGCAUCACCAAGUUCGGAGAUGUUACGGGUAAUAUCACCCUUGGCAUGAACUUCACGCAGGACGAAAUUGACAGACAGCUGAUCCAUUAUGUGCACACAGGCCAAGAGGGCAUCCGUGACCUGUUGAAGUUCGAUGUCACAGAUGGCAUUAAUCCCCUUAUUGACCGUUACUUUUACAUCAACAUAGGAAGUAUUGACAUGGUGUUCCCUGAUGUUAUCAACAAAGGGGUGACUCUGAAAGAAGGAGGCAGAGUAACUCUGACCACUGAUCUCCUGAGCACCACUGACAUUAACUCUCCAGAUGAACACCUCAGCUUCAGCAUCACUCGAGCCCCCAGCAGGGGGCACCUGGAAUGCACCGACCACCCAGGUGUUCCCAUCUCCACCUUCACCCAACUACAACUGGCCGGCAACAAGGUCUACUACAUCCACACCUCGGACGACGAGAUGAAGAUGGACAGCUUUGAGUUUGAGGUCACAGAUGGGUACAACCCGGUUUUCCGUACCUUUAGAGUGUCCAUCACCGACGUGGACAAUAAGAAACCAGUCCUUACUAUUAACAAAAUGGUGGUGGGAGAGGGAGAAACCAAGCUCAUCACCCCGUUUGAGUUGACGGCAGAGGACCGCGAUACACCGGAUAAAAAUCUGAGGUUCAUCAUCACCCAAGUGCCUGUCCAUGGACAGCUGCUCUUCAACAAAACACAACCGAUAACCAGUUUCACCAAGCAGGACCUGAACGAAAACCUCAUCACCUACAAGCACGACGGUACAGAGACGAGCGACGACAGCUUCUCGUUCACUGUCACCGAUGGCACGCACACCGACUUCUACGUCUUCCCCGACACCGUGUACGAGACACGGAAGCCCCAGAUGAUGACCAUUCGGGUCGACACAGUGGACAACGGCGUCCCCCAGAUCGUCGUCAACAAGGCCGCGGCCUCCCUGAGACUCCUGCCCUCAGGCCACGUGGGGUUCCUGGUGACCAGCAAGGCCCUGAGGUCCGAGGACCGAGACAGCCCCCGUAACGUGCUGAAGUACGUGGUGACGGAGACGCCUCUGCAUGGCCUGAUCAUCAACACGGCAGUGGGCAACGACAGCAUCACAACCUUCACUCAAGCUGAUAUCGACGACAUGAACAUCUGCUACGUGCUGUUGGACGGGAGCAAUGCCACCAGUGACAUCUUCUACUUCACCAUUGAAGACCACGGUGGAAACAAACUGAAGCCCCAGCCAUUCCGGCUGAACUGGGCGUGGAUCUCUCUGGAGACGCAGUACUACCUGGUGAAUGAGGACGUCAAGUUCCUGGAGGUGACGCUCAGAAGGAGGGGCUUCUUAGGGGAGACGUCCUUUGUCAGCAUUGCUACCAAGGACGGCACAGCCAAGAAAGACAAGGACUUCCGUGGUAAGGCCCAGAAGCAGGUGCAGUUCAACCCGGGGCAGACCACGGCCACCUGGAAGGUGAAGAUCUUCACGGACCGGGAGUACGAGGUCUCGGAGACCUUCGAGAUCCAGUUGUCCGACCCGGUGAUGGCCGUGCUGGAGUUCCCUGAUGUCGCCACCGUGGAGAUCAUAGACCCCGGAGAUGAGUCUACAGUAUUCAUCCCUCAGGCUGAGUACAGGAUUGAGGAGGACAUUGGAGAGCUGCUGAUCCCCGUGCACCGCUCUGGAGACGCCAGCCAGGAGCUCAUGGUGGUCUGCCACACCCAGCAGGCCUCUGCCACGGGCACCGUCCCGAGCACGGUGCUGUCCUACUCGGACUACAUCACUCGGCCCGAGGACCACACCAGCCUGCUGCGCUUCGACAAGGACGAGCGGGAGAAGUUCUGCCGCGUGAUCGUCAUCGACGACUCCCUGUACGAGGGCGAGGAGAGCUUCAACGUCACCCUCAGCAUGCCCAUGGGGGGCCAGCUGGGCGCCGCCUUCCCUAGCGCCAAGGUCACCAUCCUGGCCGACAGCGACGACGAGCCCUCUCUUUAUUUUGGGGAGCCGGAGUACUCUGUGGACGAAAGUGCGGGCUACGUGGAGGUCAGGGUGUGGAGGACCGGCACCGACCUGUCCAAGACCGCCACCGUCACCGUGCGCUCCCGGAAGAGCGAGCCUGUCUCCGCCGAAGCGGGUCUGGACUACGUGGGCAUCAGCCGUAACCUGGACUUUGCUCCGGGCGUGACCAUGCAGACGUUCAGGGUGACCAUCCUGGACGACCUGGGCCAGCCGGAGCUGGAGGGCCCCGAGGUGUUCGACCUGGUUCUCCGCAUGCCCAUGAACGCUGUGCUGGGGGAGCCCAGCAAGACCACCAUCACCGUCAACGACACCCUCACCGACCUGCCCAAGGUGCAGUUCAAGGAGGGGAGCUACAAGGUGGACGAGGCGGACGGGGAGGUGCGGGCGCUGGUGUACCGCAGCGGAGACGUGAGCCUGCAGUCCACCGUGCGCUGCUACACCCGCCAGGGCUCCGCCCAGGUCAUGAUGGACUACGACGAGAAGCCCAACACUGCAGCCUCCAUCAUCACCUUUUUACCAGGUGAGAGUGAGAAGCCAUGCGUUGUGAAGCUGGUGGACGACUCGGUCCACGAGGAGGACGAGGAGUUCCGCCUGGUGCUGGGAUCGCCCGCGAGCAAGUCCCCCUACGGAGCCUCCCUUGGGGAGCAGAAGGAGGCCCUCGUCACCGUCACCGAUGAGAAAGACAAACCCAUCAUCCGCUUCUCCGAGAUCAAGUACAGCGUGCGCGAGCCCCAGGUCAAAGGUCAACUGGCCCGGGUGAAGAUCCCCAUCCUGCGCUUGGGGGACACCUCCAAGGUGUCAGUGGUGAGGGUGCACACCAAGGACGGGUCGGCCACGUCUGGAGAGGACUACAACCCUCUGUCCCAGGAUGUGGUGUUCAAGGAGGGCGAUAAGGAGCACUUUGUGGAGAUUGAGAUUUUAUACGACGGCCAGCGGGAGAUGAGAGAGGCCUUCAUUGUGCACAUGAAGCCCGACGACAACAUGGUGGCGGAGAUGCAGAUGAACAAGGCCAUCGUGUACAUCGAGGAGAUGGACAGCGUGGCAGACGUCACCUUCCCGGCCGUGCCCCAGGUGGUCUCGCUGCUCAUGUACGACGACACCGCCCGCACCAAGGACAAGCCCCGCCCCCCCACCGGCUACCCCGUCGUGUGUGUCACGGCCUGCAACCCCAAGUACCACGACUUUGACAAGACGGGCUCCAUCUGCACGGCGGAGCACAUCAACGACACGCUGACCCAGUACCGCUGGAUGGUCAGCGCCCCCACCGGCUCGGACGGAGUCACCAGCCCCAUGCGCGAGGUGGACACCAACACCUUCUUCACCAACACCAAGUCCAUCACGCUGGACUCCAUCUACUUCAAGGCGGGCUCCAGGCUGCAGUGCGCCGCCCGGGCCUUCAACGUGAACGGAGACGCCGGGCUGGAGCUCACCAGCCCCAUCGCCGUGGUCAGCAAGGAGGAGGGCAUGUGCCAGCCUCGGGUCCCCGGCACCGUGGGGGCCGAACCCUUCUCCGCCAAGAUCCGGUACACGGGCCCCGACGACCCCGACUUCCCCAACCUCAUCAAACUGACGGUCAACAUGCCCCACAUGGACGGCAUGCUUCCGGUGAUCUCCACCCGACCCCUGUCCAACUUCGAGCUGACCCUGAGCCCGGACGGCACGCGCGUGGGCAACCACCGCUGCUCCAACCUGCUGGACUUCAACGAGAUCCAGACGGGCCACGGCUUCAUCACCGACGCCACCAAGAACCCCGAGAUCAUCGGCGAGACCUCGCCCUACCAGUACAGCGCCGGCAUGCGCUCCACCAACUCGCUGCGCUUCUACCGCAACCUCAACCUGGAGGCGUGCCUCUGGGAGUUCACCAGCUACUACGACAUGUCCGAGCUGCUCAACGACUGUGGGGGCUCCAUCGGCACCGACGGACAGGUGCUGAACCUGGUGCAGUCCUACGUGACUCUGCGUGUGCCUCUGCACGUCUCCUACGUCUUCCACUCGCCCGUGGCCGUGGGUGGCUGGCAGCACUUCGACCUGCAGUCGGAACUCAAGCUCACGUUCGUGUAUGACACCGCCAUCUUGUGGCAGGACGGUAUCGGAAGCCCUCCGGAGGCGGAGCUCCAGGGAGCCAUGUACCCCACCAGUAUGAGGAUCAACGAGGAGGGCCGCCUGGUGGUCAACUUCAAGACCGAGGCUCGCUACAGGGGACAGUUUGUCAUGUCUCAUCCAGGCACCAGUCAGUCCUCAAUGGUGAUUUGUGCCGACCACCCUGGGCUGACCUUCACCCUGGCGCUGGUCAGAACUGAGCCCACCUACAAUCAGCCCAUGCAGCAGUGGAGCUUCAUCUCUGACUUCGCUGUUCGGGACUACUCAGGAACCUACACAGUGAAGAUGAUCCCCUGCAGCGCGUCGCCCAACGGGGAGUUCAGCAUCCCCCCGGUCUGUCACCCCCGGGAGCCCAUCACCUUCGACAUGGACAUCCGCUUCCAACAGGUGAGUGACCCCGUGGCAGCAGAGUUCAGCCUCAACACACAGAUGUUCCUGCUGUCCAAGAAGGAGAUCUGGCUCUCCGACGGCUCCAUGGGCUUUGGAGAGGGCACCGACGCUGCCUUCUCAGACGGCUCAUCCAUCUACGGCCGUGUGAUGGUGGACCCCGUCCAGAACCUGGGCGACUCGUUCUCCUGCAGCAUCGAGAAGGUGUUCCUCUGCACCGGCGCCGACGGCUACGUGCCCAAGUACAACCCCACCAACAAGGAGUACGGCUGCCUGGCCGACGCCCCCUCCCUGCUGUACCGCUUCAAGAUCCUGGACAAGGCCCAGCCGGAGACACAGGCGUCUGUGUUUGGUGACGUGUCCUUCCAGGCCACCCUGGCCCAGGACACCCCGGGAGCCAUACCCCUGGUCAGGCAGCCCGGCUCGGACGGCUUCACCCUCUCCUCGUCCCCGCUUUUCCAGGUGGCCGCCGGUCGCGAGUGGUUCAUCCACACCAUCUACACCGUCCGCUCCCGGGACAACGCCAACCGCAACAAACGCGGGGUGGAGUACCUGCACCACAGCAUGUCCCACGUGGACCCCCCCGCCGAGACCCCCCAGGAAGCCCGCCGCAGCCGGCGCUCCGCCGCCGCCGCCUCCUCCUCCCUGGGUCCCGCGGACGGCUCCCAGGACAUCGGGGCGGAGAAGAGCCGCGGCACCAACAUCCAGCACAUCGCCCUGGAGCGCGCCGACCGCGCGGUGGUGAGCCAGCGGCAGCCCGGCCGCGACUCCCUCGUGGUGGAGCGGCCCCGCCCGGAGAGCUCCGGCCGGGAGACCCCGCUGGACUCCUCCACCCUGCCCACGCUGGUGGGGCUGGCGGGCCUGCUGCUGCUCGUGUGCCUCAUCGCCGUGCUGGUGCUGCUGCUGCUGAGGCGCAAGAGACGGCAGAGGAAGGAGAAGAGCAACGGACAGUCGGCCGCCUACGCCACCUCCUCGUCCGCAGCCUACAGCGGCUUCACCCCCGGGAGGUCGGCGGGCGGGUGGAGCGGCUCGGACAGCUCCGAGGUGUAAGGCGGUGGAGGGCAGGUGGGGUUGUAACCGACCCUGACCCCUCCCCCCCCCCCCUAACGCACACAGAACCCUCCCCACACCCCCUCCAACAAACUCUUUUCCACCACCACCAACAUGGUGCCUUCCAAGCCCAGCUCUCCUAGCACUGAAGCCCAGUUAGUCCACCAACACCUCCUUUAUUUACUUCCACCCCAGAGUAAGACUAAGGCACCUUGCCAGGCGGGGGGGAAGCGUUACAGUUGAAACAUUACUUCUGCGUCGUAUAGCAGCUGUAGGUGUGUCACCGGAGACCACGCUGCUAUUGGGCACAGGGUUCGAAUUCAACCUUAUGCGCUGAGCUAUUGAUGUCCUGUGAACUGCUACUUUAAGAUGGUCUUUCUGCUCCGUUUUUAUGAUUUUACUGCUGUGGAUGAAAGGAGAUGGGGAAGAGCCCUCUAAUAUAUUAUUUGCCGGCUUCUUUGUUAUAUUGUGAUUUGAGGCUCGUGAAUCGUGUUUAAAAUUUGCAUUUAUUUACAGCAGUCGAAGUGAGACGCUGUCUGUUUCGAUUCAGUUAAAGGUAUUAUUUUUAAGGAAAUUAGAUUACCCAGUGGUUUUAUAUUAAUGUGAUGCGUCGAUGAAUGUGUAUUUGAGAGAAAAUGAAUGUUGAAGCUGACUCGGUGAAUGGAAUUGUACAUUUUAUAAUAAUUGACUGCUUUGUAAAGCCUCCCUUGCCCCUUUGUCCACUUAAUACCGAGAUGGUGCUAAUCGAAAGGGGUUGGAAUUUCCAUUUAUUUCUUUGAAUGCAAUCCUCCCCUUAUUUUUCCACAUUUGAUUGGAAACCCACAAAUGUUUAGAUAGCAAUACAGGAAGAUGUUUGUGGUAUAUUUACACUCUGGUCAACCUUGAAAUUGAUAUAUUUUUAUGAUGUCCUAAGAAAAUAGUUUUGAAAUAAUAAAGUCAAUCAUCUUUUUUCCACCAAAA